AUGUUGUCGCGAUUGAGAUGUGUUUUGCGGAGAGAUGCCCGGUGGUUGGGCUGGAGAGCGGCGUCCGACGGUGGCGGCGGCCGCCGCCGCGUGCUCCCCGAAGGACCUAGUCUGGCGCACUUUAUGAAACCCGCUCAGAAGGAGGUCGAGCUCGUGGCGACUCGAGCACAAAAUGUUCACUUCGAGAUAUACGGCUGUCAAAUGAAUGUGAACGACGCGGAUGUCGUUUGGACAAUUUUGCGGGACGCCGGCUACGGAAGAGCCGUUUACCUGUUCGAUCCGCGAAGGAGCGGAAUCGAAGAUUUGGAACAAAUUGCGAGACCUUGCGGCGUUGCGGAAGAAGAAGAAAAGCGUUGCAUGGCGGAAAGGUUGAAAUCGAAGCUUCUGGAAGGCGAAGAACGGUUGGUGGACGUUGUUUGUGGCCCGGAUGCCUACCGAGACUUGCCUCGUUUGCUCUCCGUCGCCGAGGCUGGUGAUCAAGCCAUGAACGUCGCUCUGUCUCUAGAGGAAACCUACGCCGAUUUGGCCACUGUUCGAUUGGAUGCUAAUUCAGUUACCGCGUUUGUAUCAAUAAUGCGAGGCUGUGAUAACAUGUGCAGUUACUGCAUUGUGCCGUUUACGAGAGGACGUGAACGAUCUCGUCCGAUUGAGUCGAUUUUGCGGGAAGUCGAGAGACUGGUGGAUGAAGGCGUUAAGGAAGUCACGCUUCUGGGGCAAAAUGUCAACAGUUACCGAGACGUUGGGUCUGACAAGAAUUCCGUGCAUGCAGUGAAAUCGGAAUCAAGGCUGGCGAAGGGCUUCAAGACUGUUUACAAGCCAUUCUUUCCUCCUUAA